AUGCCCCCUGAUGAAGUUGAAAAAGUUGGUGGAAAGUUGUUUGUGUUUGGUUCUUAUCGUCUCAAUGUUCAUACUAGAGGUGCUGACAUUGAUUCCCUUUGCGUUGCUCCGAGACAUGUAGACCGGAACGAAUUUUUUACGUCCUUCUAUGACAUGCUUGCGCAGGACCCUAAUACUUCAGAACUCCGACAAGUGCCGGAUGCUUUUGUACCUGUGAUCAAAUUGAAAUAUCGAGGUAUUGAGCUCGAUAUUCUUUUUGCUAGGUUGGCUUUGACGCGGAUACCAGAUGACCAACAGUUGAAUGACGAUAGUAUUUUGAAAAACCUCGACGAUAAAAGCGUUCGUUCCUUAAAUGGUGCCUAUUUUUUGAAACUGAUGAGAUACUUAGGCUUGUUCCGAAUAUUGAUACUUUCUCACCAGUUAAACUUUGGGCAAAAAGUAUAUCACGGUAUAUAUUCCAAUGUACUUGGCUUUCUUGGUGGAGUUUCUUGGGCAAUAUUAGUGGCGCGUACCUGUCAAUUGUAUCCUAAUGCAGUUCCGGCGAAACUGAUACAGAAAUUCUUCUUAGUGUUUACUAAGUGGGCUUGGCCUCACCCCGUAGUUUUAAAAGACACGGAUGAAAUUUCGAGACCGAAGGAUAUGCUUCAAGACUUAGUUUGGGAUCCGCGAACACGUACAGGAGAUAGGCAUCACUUAAUGCCAAUAAUUACACCGGCCUAUCCUGAGCAGAAUUCAACAUUUAAUGUUACUCGCUCUACGCGAGCAGUUAUCGUCGAUGAGAUGGAAGAAGGCUUAAACAUUACUAUCGAUAUUAUGAAUGGCCACGCAGAGUGGUCGGAAUUAUUUACAGAAGUGAAUUUUUUUUCCCGAUAUAAACAUUUUAUUGUGUUGCUGUGCAUAGCUCCUACCGAGCUUGUUUGGAGUGGAUUGGUUGAGUCUAAGAUUAGGCACCUAGUAGGAAGUUUGGAGCGUAAUCCGUGUGUUACUCUCUGCCAUGUGGACCCAAAACAUUAUACUCCUCUACAGCCCUUGGGGUCCUGUUGUCAAUUGUGGUUUAUUGGAAUGGAUUUAAACAAAGAAUUAAAGAAAAAUAUUGAUCUGACUGGUGAAUUGCAACAGUUCAGUGAUGCAGUUUUAGGUGCUGCUCGUUUUCAGGAUUUGUAUGUGGAAGGAAUGCAAGUGAGUAAUAAAUACCUUUUGAUCAAAAAAAAAAAAAUUGUUUUGGAUUCUCAUUAA